AGCAAGUGGCAAUCAGCGUACAGAUUCAGCCAUGGUGGAAUAUAUAGUCAAUUACUCAAUUAUGUGAUAUUUAGUUUAGCCCUCUUUGUUAAUGCGAAGGGCCUCUCAUCUAAUGGCUUCUUCAUCUUCUUCAUCAUCAAUUACUCCUACAAGUGCCGCUCAUCUAAUGGCUUCUUCUUCUUCAUCUUCAUCAAUUACUCCUAUAAGUGCCUCCCAUCUAAUGGCUUCUUCUUCUUCUUCUUCAUCAAUUACUCCUAAACUAGAGAAUGAGGUAUUCCUUAGUUUCUAUGGUGAGGACACUCGGAAAAAGAUUACCAGCCAUCUAUAUGAAGCCUUAUGUCGGAAAAAAAUUAAAACCUUCAUUGAUGAUAAUCUUGUCAGAGCAGAAGAAAUUUCUCCAUCUCUUUUGAAGGCAAUUAAACAUUCAAAGAUCUCAGUUAUCAUUUUCUCUAAAGGGUAUGCUUCGUCCAGAUGGUGCCUCAUAGAACUUGAAAAGAUAGUUAAAUGUUAUAAGAAGUAUAAUCAGAUCCUACUACCGGUCUUCUAUGAGGUCGAUCCAUCUGAUGUCAGGAAUCAAACUGGGGAUGUUAGGGAUGCAUUUGCUAAGCUUGAAGAGCGUUUUAUGGAUGAUUCAGAGAUGUUGCAAAGAUGGAGGACUGCUUUAAGGGAUGCGGCCAACCUAUCUGGUUUUGAUUCAAAGAACUAUAGGAAUGAAGCAUCACUUGUAAUAAAUAUUGUUGACGAUAUCUUGAAAAGAUUGGACUGUGACUCCUCUGUAUUUUACACUGAGAACCUAGUUGGGUUAGAUUCAUCGAUCGAGAAGAUUAAAAAUUUAUUUUGUACAGAGGGUGUUCGCAAAGUAGGAAUUUGGGGCAUUGGAGGCAUAGGUAAGACUACUCUUGCUAAAGUCAUAUUCAACAAAAUCUUUAGACAGUUUGAAGCUUCUUACUUCAUUGAAAAUAUUAGAGAAGAAUCAGAGAAAAGUGGUGGAUUAAAUGACAUGCGCCAAAAGCUCAGUCAUGCACUUUUAGAGGAUAUACAUCCCAAUAUUGGAUUCAUCUUUCCAAGAGAAAGGCUUAGCCGCAAGAAAGUUCUCAUUGUGUUUGAUGAUGUGAUUGCAGAUUUAAAACAAAUGGAAUUUUUAAGGGAAGUUUCUGACUACUUGGAUUCAAAAAGUCGAAUAAUCAUAACAACAAGGGAAAAACAAGUGCUAGCAAAUUGUGGAGUGCAUAACAUACACGAGAUGGAAGGCUUAUCAUUUGAUAAAGCUUUUGAACUUUUUUCCCUAUAUGCCUUUAAAGAAAACAAUCCAAUAGAACAUUAUAUUGGGUUAGCAUCAAGUGUAGUAGAACAUGCUAAAGGUGUUCCAUUAGCUCUCAAAGUUUUAGGUUCCUAUCUAUUUGAUAGGACAAAGAAAGAAUGGGAAAGUGCACUAGCGAACUUAAAAACUCAUACUCAUGGAAGUAUUCAAAAGGUGUUAAAAGUAAGUUAUGAUGGAUUACAUGAUAAAGAGAAGGAUGUAUUUUUAGAUAUUGCAUGUUUCUUUAAAGGGUAUAAAAGAGAUCUUAUAGAGACAAUCUUGAAUACUAGUGACUUAGACUCUCAUAUUUAUAUAAACGUUCUCAUUGAAAGGUCUCUCAUAACUACGUCAAUUGACACCAUAACAAUGCAUGAUUUACUUCAAGAUAUGGGUAGAGAAAUUGUUCGACAAGAAUCAAAUAAUCUUAGCAAACGAAGUCGGUUGUGGGAUCAUGAAGAUAUCUUUUCAAUAUUAAAGGGUAAUAUGGGCAGUACUACAAUUCGAAGCAUACGAUUGGAUAUGGCUAAAGUGCCAGAGUUACAUUUAAAUCCCAAAACAUUCAACAACAUGCAAAACCUAAUAUUCUUGGAAUUUUAUGGGUUCGAGCCUGACAAGAAGGUGACUAAAUCUGACUCCUCUGUAUUGCGCCUUAACUUAAGAUUCUUGAAAAAUAAUAGCUCCAAUGAUGCAAAGAAGGUGCAUGGUUUUGAGGUCCUUAAAUAUGAUUUUGGUGAGCUAAGGUACCUUUGUUGGCAUGGAUAUUUUGCCAAAUCAUUGCCACCAAAUUUUAAUCCAAAAAACCUUGUUGCACUUUUGAUGCCUAAUAGCAAAGUUGAAAAACUCUGGACUGGUAACCAGAAACUUGUUAAUUUGAAACAUAUUGACCUCAGUCACGCUAAGCAUCUAUGUAGAAUGCCAAAUUUUUCACUUAUCCCAAAUCUGGAGAGCUUGAUUCUGAAAGGUUGUGCAAAACUCAAGAGUUUCUCAUCUAUCCAUAAUCUCCAUAAACUUGUUAUCCUGAAUCUAAAAGGUUGCAAAGGCUUAAAAAAUUUUCCAAUCAGUGUUCAUUGGAGAUCUCUACAGGAAGUUUAUCUCUCCAAUUGCUCAAAUCUCAGAACAGUUUCAUAUCUUCCUUGUACAGUUAAGAUAUUAUAUCCAGAUGGAACUGCAAUAAAAGAAUUGCUAUCAAUAGAGCAUCUAUUUAGACUAGAAGUGUUGGAUCUUAGAAAUUGUUCAAGACUUGAGAAGUUACCUGAGAGUGUUCGUGAGUUAAAAUCUCUUAUACGUCUUAAUCUCUCGGGUUGUACCAAUCUUGACAGAUUGCCAAAUGACAUAGAAAAUUUAACGGCUUUGGGGAGACUUGACAUGAUGGAAUUUGCUUUUGCAGAAAUACCCAACAAUAUUGGUCAAUUACUCUCAUUGACAUAUUUGUUUCUUGACCAAAACAAUUUUGAGAGCCUACCACUGAGCAUCAAAAACCUCUCUAAGUUGGAAUGGCUUUCUGUAAACAAUUGUCAAAGACUUAAAUCCUUACCAGAGCUUCCGGUCAACUUACUAUGUUUAGAAGCAAAUAAUUGCACGUCUCUUGAAUCAAUAUCAAGUCUACCGGCUUCAUUCCUAAGUUUUCGGGAUUUUUGGGAGACAAUUGGCUUCAUAAAUUGUUCCAAAAUAAAUUUAGAUUUGACAGAGGCUCUUUGUUAUAUUGACAGAAAACUACUUGCGUGGGGUCUCUCAAAGGAUAUGGGAGGAAUGAUGGUGUUUUAUUAUCCAAGUUCUUACACAUGCUAUGUUGGAAGUGAAAUUCCAAACUGGUUUGACUUUAAAAGUAAUGAUACUUUUAUAGAGCUUCCAAUAGGUUGGCUCAAUGAUUAUUUAAUUGGUUUUAUCUUAUGUGUUAGUGUAUCAUUACAAGAAUAUCAACAACGUCAUAUUUCUCAGGUUGGAUUUUCUCUAAGUGUUAACGGAAAGAUCAUUUCCUCAGGAUGCUUAGAUUUAAAAGUGAUUACGACCAAGAUUUUUGGAUCAGAUUAUGUAUUUGUGGGUUAUGAUGGCAAGAUAAUGUCUGUGGAAUUGCUUACACUUGAUUUGAAUAGUCAGGGUGUCAUUAAGUUCUUUGUUGAAACUAUGGAUAACCAUACUCAAUAUCGGGUGAAAAAAUGUGGAGUGACUUUGUUGUAUGCCCAAUAUGAUGAUUUGAAAAGAGAGGGAAGAGUGGAUAGAGACAAACGAUUGAAUAGUAUAGAUUGCUCUAUUCAUGACUGUUUGAAGUGUUAUCUAAAUUGUUGUCAGACACAUCAUAAAACAGACCUUGCGUUAAGAUCAUUUGAAAUUGUGGAUAGUUGGUCUCCUCAUUCACAAAUAUACAAGCAUUGGAUGGAGGCCGAAUGUAAUAUGGGUUCUCCUUCAUCAUGGAAACGAUUAUGUUGAAAUCUUCUUAUAGAAAAGAUGAUGUAAGUGGGAUAGAGUGACUAAACCAACUAUAUUAGUUCUCCGUUCCAGAAUGUUGAAGUGACUUCUUUUAUGCUAUUCAGUAUGCUUUCAGGCUGGCUUUAUUUCAGGCACGCAAGCUGAUGAUAGGCUGCCAACUCAGGAUGUGGACACAUUCUCUUGAUUGUCAUUUUAAUGUUCUCUGGAUUUUCUUGCCAGGAGUCGGAUUAUGUUAGCAAAAUACUAAUUAUCUACGUUUUAGAUGUUGCCUGCUAUUUGGUUUUGUACGCCAUGAAAUGAUAUUGGUUGCUCUUUAAUACUGCUGUAAGCUCUGUUUUUAUUCUUUAUUGAGAAUCUCAGGUUGAUCGAAUGUCUAAGUUGAAUAUAGAUAUAUAAAUGUGAGAGAAAUU